AUGGAUUCCCGCGACUCCUCCCCUCGCUCCCGCGACCCCGACGCCGACAACAACAACAACCACCACCACCACCGCCGCCAGCCUUCCUUGGACGACGCCCCUCCCAAGGUCAAGCUCAUGUGCAGCUUCGGUGGCAGCAUCCAGCCCCGCCCCCACGACAACCACCUCACCUACGUCUCCGGCGACACCAAGAUCCUCGCCGUCGACCGCCACGUCAAGUUCCCCUCCCUCAUCGCCAAGCUCUCCUCCCUCGCCAACAACACCCCCUCCAACCUCUCCUUCUUCAAGUACCAGCUCCCCGGGGAAGAUCUCGACGCCUUGAUCUCCGUCACCAACGACGACGACCUCCACCAGAUGAUGAUCGAGUACGAUCGCCUCUCCCGCGCCUCACCUAGACCUGCGCGCCUCCGUCUCUUCCUCUUCCCUCUCCACAACAACUGCAAUUUCGCUCCAACCGAAUCCAAAUCCGAGCGCCAGUGGUUCGUCGACGCUCUCAAUUCCGUUCACGUUCCAGAAGAUUCUCCGCCGCCGCCUCCGGCGACGGCGAAUCCGGAUUUUCUGUUCGGACUCGACAAGCCGGCGGCGGAGGAUGCUCUGGCGAAGGACUCGGAGUGUUUUCCCGAGGAUCGUGAAGCCGAACCUCAGAUUGAGAAUGAGAACAACAGUAAACAACUUCUGCAACGGAAAAUGAAGAUAGAGGAAGAUGAUAAUAACAAUAAGGGUAGGGUUUACGGCGUUAACGGCGGGGGCGACUGUUAUGCCCAGAAGAACGCGGAGAAAAUGACGCCGUUAGUGGCGCAUGCACACGCACACGCACACGCGCAAUUCGUUCAUCCUGGUUCGGUUACUGGAACGGUGUCGUUCAUGCAGGAGAGGAAUAAUAAUAACGCGGGUUAUUCGCUGGCGUUUGCUACUACGGGGAAUGAGAUUUAUCUCAUUCAGACUCCUUCUGGAAUGUUUCAAGCGGUUCGGCCCGUUACUGGGCCGGUUGGUCAACCGGUUUAUCUGGUUCACGCACCCGGUCCGGUUUCGCAUUCGAAGGUUGGUGCGGCGGUGCACGGUGGUGACGGAAGGAUAUAA